AUGUGCUCUUUACUCUCCCUUCCACUGGAGCUGGCCACUCAGAUUGCCCAAGCAAGUAUACCAGAUGGCAUUGAAAGUCUCGCCUUGACUUGCAAACAGCUUCACGCCGCCUCCGAGCCAUUAUUGGCAGAACAUUACCGUCUCAAACGACGGUUCAGGCGAUUCAGGUUCCCUCUCAGCUAUGACAUUCACACGCAAUUCCUCGCUCCUGGGACAGGAGACUCAAAUCCUAAUCCAGAUCCUGCCUUGAGAGCUACAGGCAUCAGGAUCCACAAGACAAUCGAUCUCAUCCGUGCUAUUCUUGUCAACCCAGUCGUUGGAGAUUACAUCCUCGAGGCUGACCUUAGAGGCGAGCCUUCUUUCAACAAUCCUGACUAUCGAGAUCUUGACGAUGAUCUCAAGUUGCCUCUAGAUCCCAGCCACAAUUCUUCGUUUCCACGCAUUCAAGACCGUGACAGAGAACUUUUCAGAACCGCCCUCCACGAUUCUGAAUACCUACACCAUGCCAAUCAGGAUCCUGACCACUGGCUGGAGCAGCUCACCAAUACAUGCACAGGCCAUGCCGAGGUUUUCCUUCUGACCCUACUACCGCGUGUCAAGCUUCUAUAUCCUCCUGUACAUUGGGGAUAUCUUGGACGAGCCAAUCAAAGUUCCGAACUCGAGAAUGUUUGGGCAGUGCUAGAUGCAAUUGUGAGCCGGGCCAACCAUUCAUCUCUUCCGACUACUUCUGUCUCUUUGUCUCAGCUUGAAUGCAUAGGUCCUACCCUAUUGCCUUCGUACGAGCUGUAUGGCGCCCUUACCCCUUUUGAGCCGUUUCUUGGGUUAAAUUCGGUUCGUACGUUCCAUGGGAGCGGCUUCAAAUUCAUCGACGACAGGUAUACAGGUAAUCGCUUCCACCCACGCUAUAAAAGCUACAGUCGAAACCUCGAUACACUCGAGCUCCUCGCCUGCGUUACCAGGAGACCAGAGCUUUCGGCUCUUCUGGAGAGGUGUGCCGGUUCCCGUCUCAAAACAUUUCGAUUCUCAUACGAGACCAAAUGGCAUGGUUGUGGCCACAACUGGGAUGCAGGAGACUUUCUUGACGUUGUGCGUCAUCAUGUCGGUCAUACUCUAGAGGAACUUUCGGUCACCAGGAUCUCGGGCUUUCGAGGAUGGGGAGAUUUAGGCACCACAAUGACCGACAUGCGGAACGGAUUCCCAUCUCUCAAAAUUCUCGAGUUGGAUGUUCGCAUGUUUAUGGGACCAGAAAGGACAGAGGAGGUGGUUACUGCGUACAGCAACAAAGCGUAUGGUCCUUGGCCUCCUCGAGAAUGCGCCAACAUCCCACCCGCGCGACCCCGGCUUGUUGACCUCCUUCCGUCCCAGCUCGAGACUUUUCGACUUUUUUGCUCCAUGUUUGAACAAGACGACCUUGAUUGCAUCAAGGCACUAAUCUCAGAGUUCCGAGCGGAUCGGGCUGUGAGACUUCCACAACUGGAGGAGAUGGGCUUUUACUAUUACCAGACGGAAAACAUCAAAAAACCUCAAGUCCAGCAAACUCUAACUGCCAUCCAAGAUGCUGGCUUUUCCAUGCAUCCCAAUGAGAAGGAGCAUAGCUGGGAGUACAAGGCCGUCAAUCCCAAGUGGGUCAAUGACUCUAAAGAAAGAUUCUUUAGUACCUACACAACAUAG